UCCAUCAGCUGUAUUACGACCCAAACAUCGAGAACAAGAACUUGGCUCAGAAAUGGUUGAUGCAGGCACAGGUCUCCCCCCAGGCGUGGCACUUCAGCUGGCUGCUUCUCAACAUGGACAAGGUCCCCGAGAUCCAGUACUUCGGUGCCAGCGCUCUCCACAUCAAAAUUUCCCGUUACUGGAAUGACAUCCCAGCCGACCAGUACGAGAGUCUCAAAUCGCAGCUCUUCACCCACAUCACCCGCUUUGCCAGCGGCUCCAAGAUCGUGCUGACCCGGCUGUGCGUGGCGCUGGCCUCCCUGGCCCUCAGCAUGAUGCCGGAGGCUUGGCCCUGCGCCGUGGCAGACAUGGUGCGCAUGUUCCAGGCGGAGGACUCCAAUGUGGACGGGCGGGCACGGUGCCUGGCGCUGCUGGAGCUGCUGACGGUGCUGCCCGAGGAGUUUCAGACCAGCCGCCUGCCACAGUACCGCAAGGGCCAGGUACGCAGCGUCCUGGCACAGGAGUGCGGGUCUGUCUUCCCUUUGCUGGAGCAGCUGCUGCAGCAGCAGGACUCCCCGGGUUUCAUCAAGCAGAAGGUGUUGAAGUGCUUCUCCAGCUGGGUGCAGCUGGAGAUCCCGCUGAUGGACUGCGAGAACCUGAUCCAGGCAGCUUUCACCUCUCUGCAGGACCCGGAGCUCUUCGACACAGCAGUGGAGGCUGUUGUCAAUGCCAUUUCCCAGCCCGAUGCCCAGAGGUAUGUGAACACCCUCCUGAAGCUCAUCCCCCCUGUGCUGGGGCUCCAAGAGCAGCUGCGCCAGGCGGUACAGAGCGGGGACAUGGAGACGUCGCAUGGGAUCUGCCGCAUCGCUGUGGCCUUGGGGGAGAACCACUCCCGGGCCCUCCUGGACCAGGUGGAGCACUGGCAGAGCUUCCUGGCUCUGGUCAACAUGAUCAUGUUCUGCACCGGCAUCCCUGGGCACUACCCUGUCAACGAAACCACCAGCUCCUUGACGCUCACCUUCUGGUACACGCUGCAGGACGACAUCCUCUCCUUCGAGCCAGACAAGCAGGCAGUGUACCAGCAGGUCUACAGGCCCGUCUACUUCCAGCUGGUGGAUGUGCUGCUGCACAAAGCCCAGUUCCCCUCUGAUGAGGAGUAUGGCUUCUGGUCUUCAGAUGAGAAGGAGCAGUUUCGGAUAUACAGGGUGGACAUCUCUGACACACUGAUGUACGUGUACGAGAUGCUGGGCGCUGAGCUCCUGAGCAGCCUCUAUGACAAACUGGGACGUCUCCUGACCAACACAGAGCAGCCAUCCACGUGGCAGCAUACAGAGGCCUUGCUCUACGGCUUCCAGUCCAUUGCCGAGACCAUCGAUGUGAACUACUCCGACGUGGUGCCAGGACUGAUUGGCCUCAUUCCCCGGAUCAGCAUCAGCAACGUGCAACUCGCUGACACCGUCAUGUUCACUAUUGGGGCUCUGUCGGAGUGGCUGGCUGAUCACCCUGUCAUGAUUAACAACGUGCUGCCACUGGUGCUCCAAGCCUUGGGCAACCCUGAGCUCUCCAUCUCCAGCGUCUCCACCCUGAAGAAGAUCUGCCGUGAGUGCAAGUACGACCUGCCGCCAUAUGCCGCCAACAUCGUCGCCGUGUCGCAGGAGGUGUUGAUGAAGCAGAUUCACAAGACAAGCCAGUGCAUGUGGCUGAUGCAGGCUCUAGGUUUCCUGCUCUCUGCACUGCAAGUGGAGGAGAUCCUGAAGAACCUGCACUCCCUGAUCACCCCCUACAUCCAGCAGCUGGAAAAGCUGGCUGACGAAACGCCCAAUCCCUCCAACAAGCUGGCCAUCAUCCACAUCCUGGGCCUGCUCUCCAACCUCUUCACCACCCUAGACAUCAGCCACCACGAUGAUGACCACGAAAGCACUGAGGUCAAGAAAAUGCCAGUGCAGCAAGGACCCAACCCAGUGGUGGUGGUUCUGCAGCAAGUCUUCCAGCUCAUACAGAAGGUCCUCAGCAAGUGGCUGAAUGAUGCCCAGGUGGUGGAGUCUGUCUGUGCCAUCUUUGAGAAGUCCGUGAAGACUCUCCUGGAUGAUUUUGCCCCCAUGGUGCCUCAGCUGUGCGAGAUGCUGGGGCAGAUGUACAGCACCAUCCCCCAGGCCUCUGCCAUUGACCUCACCCGGCAGCUGGUUCACAUCUUUGCUCAUGAGCCUGCCCACUUCCCUCCCAUCAAGGCCCUCUUCUUGCUCGUUACCUCAGUCACGCUGACCCUCUUCCAGCAAGGGCCCAGGGAUCAUCCUGAUAUUGUUGAUUCAUUUAUGCAACUCCUGGCACAG